CUUCGUUAUCCUGUAUUAGUAUCAAAUAAUGAUGAAACCACCUUGUGUAAGGAGCAAAGCUCCUCUUCUCUCUGGCCAGUCAUCAUAAAGUCGAUUGUUCCUGGAUCCCUUGCUCAUCGUGACGGCCGACUAAAAUGUGGCGACUUUAUUCUUGCCGUAAAUCGACGAUCCCUGGCUGGUCUUUCUCACGACGAGGUGGUUGAUCGGCUUAAGCAACUUUCCGGUGACGUCAUGCUUCACAUACUGUCCUGGCCAGGAACACUUGUCUAA